AGUCACUAGUUUUGUCGUCGUAUCAUCCAAAUUCAUCUUUUUCAGAAUUCAAACAAGCCUUCGAAUUUUAGCGCCGCCCCAUUUUCUCUCAUUUCCAAAAUAACUAACCCAUAAUAUUCUCCGCCCUCCGCCCCUCUUUCUUUCCUCCAUUGAAACCUCUUCCGCUGCGCUCCUCUGCCACACGGCCGUCUUCAUCCCCCUGCCCCGCCACGCCACCGUCGCCGAACAUGAACAGCCCCGCCCUUAAUCCUUCCCCCCGUCCACCUCCCUCCCCUUCCCUGAAUUUCGCGUCCAAGCCCGGCCAAAUUUACCCCCAACGCCUAUGGUCCCGCGGAAAUCCCCCGGCCUUUCUUUCAUCUCACCUGGAAAUUUCAAGAAAACCCGGUAAAAUCAACCCGAGAAAUCCGGGUUCGAACCGUCUGCCCGUAUCCAGGUCCGCCGGGAACGGAAUCCCCUCCGUCGGGGAUAAAGUUCGGAUCUUGGCGUCCGAAUUCAAGGCCCUCCCCUCCCCGAUCGACCGAGUGAAGAGAUUGCUGCACUACGCGACGCUCCUCCCGCCGUCCGAUGAAUCGGGUCGGGUCAGGGGAAAUCGGGUGAUGGGCUGCACGACCCAGGUGUGGCUGGAGGCGAGGAUGGACGGGGAGGGGCGGAUGAGGUUUAAAGUGGACAGCGACUCGGAGAUCACCAAAGGGUUCUCCUCCUGCCUGAUAUGGCUGCUGGACGGGGCAGCCCCGCCGGAGGUGCUCGGCGUGGCGGCGGAGGAUUUGGCGGCGGUUAAUGUGGCCGGGUUUCCGAGCAAGGUUCGGUCCAGGGUGAACACCUGGCACAAUGUGCUGAUCGGGAUGCAGAAGAAGACCAUGGAUUGCGUUGGGGAGGGAGAAAUUGCUGCAGAGUUUACUCAGAUAAUUAAGUUUCAAUCUUUGCUUAUUUGAGAUUAGAGUAGAGGCUUUGAAGGAAUUUAGGAUGGGUUAAUCUUUUUUUUCCCUUUGUUACACCCAAAUUUGCUAGGAUGAUAAUGUGUGAAUAUUUCGCAGUCUUUUGACUAAAGAAAUCAAAAUUUCACAAUUUUUUUAAAGACAGAAGAUGUAAAUUUAUAAAGAUACAAAAAUGAGAUUGUGAGCAAAUGAUUGUCAAUCGUGUUUAGCGUUGUUCAAGUUUAGGUCCAAAUCCAAAAAAUCAAUCGGAGCGAACCGUUAGGUCAAGAUUGAUCCCAUAACAAAUGGAUCCUGGCAUG